AUGCAGGCUGAGAAAGGCGCCGUGUCGGAGGAUGGGCCGGCUGAGAAAGGCCCUGUCUCCUUCUUUGAUCCCGCGCUGGGAGAGCUUCGAAAGCGCGUGUACCUGGAGUGGGCGCGGACAGUGCUCAUUCUCUGUCUUUUCGUCCUCUGCGUUCUGUCGCUGUUUUGGGGAUCUCAGUUCACCACCGAAGAAAAAUUGGAGACCCUGAACGUGUGGGUCGUGGACUUUGACGGGAAAGUUGACCCUUACAAGACCAGUGACCCCUUUGUUGGUCCGAUCAUCACAGAUGUCGCGCAGAAAUACACCGAUUCCAACGGCCUGCACUUGGGCUACCACAUCAAGGCUGCCUCCGAGUUCGACUAUGAUCCUAUCGCCGUCCGCCAGGCCGUGUACGACGAGCACGCCUAUGCCGCCAUCAUCGUGAACCCAAACGCGACGGUCCUCCUGCGCGAUGCCAUCUCGACCCGGAAUACUACCUAUGACCCUACGGGCGCUGCGCAGACCAUUGUUAUCUCAGCCCGAGACCAGAACACCUACUACUCCCUACAUCCUGCCCGACCUGAAUAUCCUCCAGACCCAAAUCCAAGCUACCUUCGGCCCACACUUUCACCACCUAUGACCUGCGUCCCCUUCUACCCGGCCGUCGCCGCGCCCGCGGUGACAAUUGGCCUGAUCUACCUGAUCAUUAUUGCGUUCUUCACUUUCCCCUUCUUAAUGCCCAUCCAUUCCCAGUUUAUGAAGGCAGAUGGCCACCCUCCACUCAAUGUUCCCCACUGGCUUAUCUGGCGGAUCGUGUCGAACAUCACGGCAUAUUUCUUUCUGUCGUUCUUCUACUCGCUGGUCUCACUGGCCUUCGAGAUCCCGUUUUCCAAUCCGCCUGCCCCGGACGUCAUUCCCGCCGAGAAUGCCAAUGCCUACCACCGUGGCUCGUUCGUCGUUUUCUGGAUGCUCAAUUGGGUCGGUAUGACGGCGUUGGGGUUUCCGUGCGAGAACAUGGCUAUGAUCCUGGGUAUGCCGUGGAGUUCGCUGUUCUUGAUCUUCUGGGUGAUCUCGAAUGUCGCUACGGGAUUUUAUCCACUGGACUUGGCCCCGGGUUUCUAUCGCUGGGGCUAUGCGUGGCCGUUGCAUAGGAUUGUUGAGGCGCUGCGCACGAUUUUAUUCGGAACCCAUUCUCGAAUUGGCCUCGACUUUGGUGUCCUGUUUGCUUGGAUCGCUGUCUCGUUGGCCUUUUACCCCGUCGCCACUUUCAUCAUGCGCUGGAAAAUGAAGCGAGGCUUGUAA